AUGGGUCAGUUUCUUCCUAAACGUGGAGAUGAGCAUUGGAGCAAAGGCCAGCUGCUAAUCACAACGCAGGAUUGUUCCUGUAUCCCUCCUGAGAGUCCAUUCACCUCCCACCUUUCCAUAAGCAAAGGCAUGAACGACACUGACGCUACCGACCUUCUCUUCGAGCUCACUGGAAUCACAGACGAUGGUAUGGGGAAAAAGGUAGCAGGCGCUUUGGAUUACCAGCCACUUGCACUAGCCAGCGCAGGAAUCUACGUGGGAAAGGUACGAAAAACCAAUCCAGACUUUGGCUGGGAAGGGUACUUGAAAAAACUAGAAAAAGGGAAGCGUGAACGUACUGAAGAAGAACUUACCAAAGUAAACAAUAUCUACCGGGACUCUAUGACAGAAGCGAUUAGGAUAGCCGUUAAAGCGGAAAUUGAUUCUAAUAGAAUAAUGAAACAUGCUUUCACUUUUCUUGCUUUUUGUGCACCAGAGCCAGUAAGGCUUCACUUGUUGACCACUUACGUUGCAAAUGCUGUCGGAGAGUUGGAUCAAGAGGAAAUAGGCAUUCAGAUCCAAGGGUCCUCCUUACUAUUAAUCGAAAAUGAGGAUGAUGUCAACAUUCGUUUACAUAAUGUAGUACACACUAUAGUCAAGAAUUUAGUUAAAGAAGAAAUGCACCAAGCUGAUGAACAUAUCCGAGUUGUUUGUGUUGCGGUGAAAUCAUUUAGCAAGUUUAUAAACGAAGCAAUACCAAAGAUCCUGCAAAGUGAAGAUUCUGUGUGUGAUACUAGGCAUAUUGUUCCACACUUGAGAACUCUAACUGCCGAAACUAAAAAUGUUUUCUUUACUACAGAGAAAUUCGGUUUUAUCAAAAUCACUAUUGAAGAUUUAUGUAUAACUGUGUAUGACUUUCUCGCGCUUGGUCAUGUUUGCCAUUCCAAUAGUGAGUACCAAUCAGCAAUGGACUAUUUCAGUAUAGCUUUAAAACUCAGCGAAGACAAAGAGAACAAGACACUGACCGAUCACUUAGAAGAGGCGGCAGUAAACCAGAACAUGGGUGUCCUACAUCUCAACUUGGGUGACCAUCAAAAGGCUAAGGAGUAUUAUGAACAUGCCCUGUCCAUACAAUUGAAAAAGCUUGUACCCGACCAUGUUGACGUCGCAUUUACGUACCAUAACAUGGGUGCCCUACAUAAAGACUUGGGUGACCAUCGACAGGCCAAGGAGUAUUAUGAACGUGCCCUGUCCAUACGACUGAAAAAGCUUGGACCCGACCAUGUUGACGUCGCAUUUACGUACCAUAACAUGGGUGCCCUACAUAAAGACUUGGGUGACCAUCAACAGGCCAAGGAGUAUUAUGAACGUGCCCUGUUCAUACAAUUGAAAAAGCUUGGACCCGACCAUGUUGACGUCGCAUUUACGUACCAUAACAUGGGUACCCUACAUCGCGACUUGGGUGACCAUCAACAGGCUAAGGAGUAUUAUGAACGUGCCCUGUCCAUACAAGUGAAAAAGCUUGGACCCGACCAUGUUUACGUCGCAAAAACUUACCUCAACAUAGGUACCCUACAUCACGACUUGGGUGACCAUCCACAGGCUAAGGAGAAUUAUGAGCGUGCCCUGUCCAUACGCCUGAAAAAGCUUGGACCCGACCAUGUUGAUGUCGCGAAAACUUACCUCAACAUGGGAAACCUACAUCACGACUUGGGUGACCAUCAACAGGCUAAGGAGUAUUAUGAACGUGCCCUGUCCAUACAAUUGAAAAAGCUUGGACCCGACCAUGUUGACGUCGCACUUACGUACCAUAACAUGGGUAACCUACAUUUAUACUUGGGUGACCAUCAACAGGCUAAGGAGUAUUAUGAACGUGCCCUGUCCAAACAAUUGAAAAAGCUUGGAACCGAACAUGUUUACGUCGCAACAACUUACCUCAACAUGGGUAACCUACAUCACGACUUGGGUGACCAUCAUCAGGCUAAGGAGUAUUAUGAACGUGCCCUGUUCAUACAAUUGAAAAAGCUUGGACCCGACCAUGUUGACGUCGCACCUACGUACCAUAACAUGGGUACCCUACAUGGAGACUUGGGUGACCAUCAACAGGCUAAGGAGUAUUACGAACAUGCCCUGUCCAUACAAUUGAAAAAGCUUGGACCCGACCAUGUUGACGUCGCACUUACGUACCAUAACAUGGGUACCCUACAUAAAGACUUGGGUAACCAUCAACAGGCUAAGGAGUAUUAUGAACUUGCCCUGUCCAUACAACUGAAAAAGCUUGGACCUGACCAUGUU